UACAUCAAUUAUUAUCAUCAUCGACGCACUUCCUUCAUCUUUAACCUACCUGUCAAAACAGCCUUGUUUGAUGGGUAAGACAAUUAAUGUGUAUGGAUUCCCCAGUUUAGAUUCUGCAGAGAAAAUAAAGACCGCAUUGGAGAGCUAUACUGGUAAAGGGACUAUUUAUGCUCUAGAGGUUAGAAAAUCAAAAGGAGGGCCGAGAGUGUAUGCAAAAGUCCAGUUUACAACUAGGGAAAGAGCUGCAUAUAUUCUAGACUUGGCCUAUAAGAAGCGUUUGUGGUAUGACAGUUCCUAUUUGUCGGCUUGGGAAAUCGAUCAUGACAUUGAACCAAGGGCUAAGCAAUUUGCAUUUGGCAUGGAAGAUGUAACUCUUCUUUUUGGUUGCCAGAUUUCUAAGGAAAUUUUCUCAGUGCUCUGUGGAAUGAGACAUGUAUCAGUAAAUUUCGGAUUUGGAUUAAGAAAGCUGUACAUUGUUAUCCCCUACCCUACUACUUCCUACAAGCUGGAGCUCCGUUAUGAGAGUAUUAGGCAAGCUCAGCUACAUCGUUCACAUGGACUUGCUGCAAGUUAUCUUGUUAUUCAGCUAUAUCGUGCUCCUAGGAUUUAUCAGAAAGCUGAAGACAACUGUCUGAAAUUCUGUAUGGAUCCUCCUAAUGAUCAGUGGUUUAGAACAACCGACUUUACCCCAUCUUCCUCCAUUGGACAAUCAUCUCAUCUGUGUUUGGAACUUCCACAUUAUGCAGACCUCUCGAAUCUUGCUAGUCACUUUCAAAGUUAUGCAGAAAGUAAAAGGCCAUUCAGAUUGGUGCCUGGUCAUAGUUUUACUCAGAAUUUGGAGUUAGUUCCAAUCGUGGGUCCCACUCGAGGUUCUUAUUUGCCUUAUAAUGUAGUAUACAAGAUUUGUGCCUUGGUUCAGCAUGGUUGUAUACCAGGACCCGUACUUGAUGAUAAUUUCUUUAAGUUAUUGAAACCUCAAAGGAGAGAUGCGUCCAUUGAAUAUGCUUUGGAUGAACUAUUUCGUUUAGAAGAUUGUUGUUAUGAUCCAGCAAGGUGGAUAACUGAGGAAUACAGAAAAAAGAACAGGCUAAGAUCCCCUGCUAUUUCAUUAGAUGCUGGUCUUGUAUAUGUGAGGCGAGCUCAAAUUACACCAUCCAAGGUAUAUUUCUGUCAGCCAGAGGUCAACGUUUCCAAUCGGGUUUUACGCCGUUUUGCUGAAUAUAUUGAUGAUUUUCUUCGUGUAUCUUUUCUUGACGAAGAAUUGGAGAAACUUUAUGCAAUGAAUUUAUCCCCAUGUGUUACUAGUAAAAAUAAGGAAAGCAGAACCUCCAUUUAUAGGAGGAUUUUGUCAGUUCUCAAAAAUGGCAUAGUUAUCGGCGAUAAAAAGUUUGAAUUUCUUGCCUUCUCAUCAAGUCAGUUAAGAGAUAAUUCAGCUUGGAUGUUUGCUUCAACGGGCAGACUUAAUGCUGCCGCCAUCAGGGAUUGGAUGGGUGACUUUAGUAGUAUUAAAAACGUUGCAAAAUAUGCUGCUAGACUUGGUCAAUCUUUUAGUUCAUCAAAGGAAAGUCUAAGUGUUGAACGCCAUGAAAUAGAAAGCAUUCUGGAUAUAGAAGUUGUAGCAUCUGGUACUAAACUAGUUUUUUCAGAUGGAAUUGGAAAGAUAUCUGCUGAAUUUGCUAAGAGCGUUUCUAAUAAAUGUGGCUACGAUUUUGUUCCAUCUGCCUUCCAAAUUCGAUAUGGUGGGUACAAAGGUGUUGUAGCAGUAGAUCCAACCUCAUCUGUUAAAUUAUCACUGAGAAAGAGCAUGUGCAAGUUUGAAUCGUAUACCACAAAGUUGGAUAUUCUUGCAAUUAGCAAGUAUCAGCCGUGCUAUAUGAAUCGCCAGGUCAUCACACUGCUCUCUACCCUCGGGGUUCCAGAUCAUGUCUUUCAAGGGAAGCAAAAACAAGCAGUAGACCUUUUAGAUGUCAUCUUAAAGGGGCCGCUGAAGGCACAGGAGGCAUUAGAUUUAAUGUCACCUGGAGAGAACACCAGCAUUUUGAAGGAAAUGCUUUUGUGUGGAUAUAAACCUAAUGCCGAACCAUUCCUUUCUAUGUUGCUGCAAGCUUUUCGUGCAACCAAGUUGUUUGAAUUGCGUACUAAAGCAAGAAUUUUUGUUCAUAAGGGAAGAUCAAUGAUGGGAUGUCUAGAUGAAACCGGGACACUUGAUUAUGGUGAGGUUUUUGUACAGUAUUCCGGUGCGGGAAUAAGAGUGACGGGUGGUGAUCAUAGUGGAACCGGUUUGAACAAUUGCGAGAUUGUUGAUGGGAAAGUGGUGGUUGCAAAAAACCCAUGUUUGUAUCCUGGUGAUGUACGUGUCUUGAUGGCUGUUAAUGUUCCAGCUUUACAUCAUAUGGUGGAUUGUGUUGUUUUUCCACAAAAAGGACCAAGGCCUCAUCCAAACGAAUGCUCAGGUAGUGAUUUGGAUGGCGAUGAUUACUUUGUAUGCUGGGAUCCUGAUCUAAUUCCACCUGUGCAAAUUGAGCCGAUGGAAUAUACCCCUGCACCAAGUGUGCAACUGGAUCACAAUGUUACUAUUGAGGAAGUGGUAGAAUAUUUCGCCCACUAUAUAGUCAACGACAAUCUAGGAAUCAUUGCAAAUGCUCACACAGUAUUUGCAGACCGUGAACCCAAAAAAGCAAUGGCAGAUCCUUGUGUAGACCUUGCGAAGCUCCAUUCAAUCGCUGUUGACUUUCCAAAAUCUGGAGUCCCUGCAGAAAUACCGACACAUCUUCGUGUCAAUGAGUACCCGGAUUUCAUGGAAAAACCAUCCGAUAAAACAACAUAUAAAUCACAAAGUGUAAUUGGGAAGCUUUUUCGUGAGGUCAAAGACAUUGCACCAACAAACUGCCCAUUCAACACUUUUACACUUGAUGUGGCAAGGCGAACAUAUGAUACUGACAUGGAAGUGGUCGGCUUUGAGAAAUAUGUUAAGGAAGCGGUUAUCUUGAAAACAGAAUAUGAUUACAGAUUGGGCAAUUUAAUGGAUUCCUAUGGUAUCAAAACAGAGGCUGAACUCGUAAGUGGUAGUAUUAUGAAAAUGUCUAAAUCAAUUGAUAAAAGGAAUGCUGCUGAAGUGGUUGGGUUACUAGUGAAGUUGUUAAGGAUGGAAGCUAAGAACUGGUUUAAAGAGGGCAGAGGAGAUAGGGAUGUUGUAGAUGAUGAUCUUUGUGCAAAAGCAUCGGCAUGGUAUCAUGUCACGUAUCACCCGAGUUACUGGGGUCGGUAUAACCAGGGCAUGAAACGUGAUCAUUUUCUGAGUUUCCCAUGGUGCGUUUAUGACAAGUUAGCUGAAAUCAAGAAACGACGCAAAGCGGCUCUCAGAAAAGAUGCUCAUUCUGUAUGGCUUCCAAAGAAGUUCAGCGCGGCUGCGAAUCUGGUAUAAUUACAACUUACAAGCUCUUUGAGUUACCAUUUGGUACAUUUAGACUAGGUAAAACUGUGUAUAAUAUAACUACGGAUUUAAAUAUUGUUUCUUAGUUAUUGACAAGUUUGAUUUGACAAAUAUUUAUUGAAUGUUCAAAUUUUUACAAA